CUCUGACUCCCUACUCCUUUAUGAUCAUGGACUGUGGGUUUGUAAAACAAAAGUUGAAACAUCAAAUACUUAAAAGGGGAAUUGAACAGGAAGCUCAUCUAAACUUCCACAAGCCUAUUUACUGUGGCUGCUCUAUUGAUUACCUGCUUCUCCAGAGCACUUGGCUUCUUUGUUCCAAACUUCCUUUCUUCAACCUCACACCAGAGUGCCCUGGUCAGGCUCGGCUCAUCCAUUAGGCACAGCGUGGGCAGUGCAGGGAAUCCUCCAUCCUGUAAAGCUACAAGAGAAUGUUUUACUCCUUUUAACAUUAGAAAAAAAAAGAAAUUACAGAGCCUAAGAAAAUGUUUUAACUUCUAAUUCAGCCUGAAUGAUAUUGUCUUUAUACCAAUUCAGUCAUAAAAUAUAGUUUCCAUAUUUUUAUGGAGGAAGGGGCCCACAAAAGCAAGAGUGCUCGGGGCUCGCAAGUCAGAACACAGCCCUGGUCAUGACUGAUCCUGGCCUCCGUGUGGUUCUGCUACCUGUGUGCCUGUCAGUCUUCCCCAAAAUCUAUGCGGCCCUCUAAUAUAGCAACUGUCAAUUAAUACACACGUUUGAGCACACAGUGAACUAAGUUUUAAGGAUUCAAAGAUGAAAAGUCAUGCUAUCUUCCCUGCAGACGGUGCUAAGACUAGUGAUGCAAACAGUAUGGGGUGCAGGAAAGUAGAAAGCCAUUGCUGAGCAAGCAGUGGCCCCAGCAGAGGUAGAAACUGUAUAAGUUACUUGGUUCCUGCUGGGCCAGCAAGGUGAUGUCCUCCAGCAAAACUUGGCAUCCAAGAGAAGUACCAGAUGAAAAGAAGGAUUGCAUGAAUUCCACAUAUAUUCAUGUUUGAACAAGGAGUCAAGGUUUAUUGCAAGGAUAAGGAGGCUUUGUUGCUAGCCUGUUAAGACCAACCAGGGCAGUCAUGCUGGUCAGGGAAGAAGCUGACCACGUUGCCUCUUACGGUGUAAACUUGUACCAGUCUUAUGGUCCCUCUGGCCAGUACACCCACGAAUUUGAUGGAGAUGAGGAGUUCUACGUGGACCUGGGGAGAAAGGAGACUGUCUGGCAGUUGCCUAUGUUCAGCAAAUUUUUAAGUUUUGACCCACAGGGUGCACUGACAAACAUCGCUGCAGCAAAACACAACUUGGACAUCCUGAUUAAACAGUCCAACUCUACUUCUGCUUCCAAUGAGGUUCCUGAGGUCACAGUGUUUUCCAAGUCUCCUGUGGCGCUGGGUCGGCCCAACACCCUCAUCUGCCUUGUGGACAACAUCUUUCCUCCCGUGGUCAACAUCACAUGGCUGAGCAAUGGGCAGUCAGUCACAGAAGGUGUUUCUGAGACCAGCUUCCUCUCCAAGAGUGAUCAUUCCUUCUUCAAGAUCAGUUACCUCACCUUCCUCCCUUCUGCUGAUGAGAUUUAUGACUGCAAGGUGGAGCACUGGGGCCUGGAGGAGCCUCUUCUGAAACACUGGGAACCUGAGAUUCCAGCCCCUAUGUCAGAGCUCACAGAGACUGUGGUCUGUGCCCUGGGGUUGUCUGUGGGCCUCGUGGGCAUUGUGGUGGGCACUGUCUUCAUUAUCCGAGGCCUGCGUUCAGCUGGUGCUUCCAGACGCCAAGGACCCUUAUGAAUCCCAUCCUAGAAGGGAAGGUGCAUCACCAUCUACAGGAGCAGAAGAAUGGAUUUGCUAGGUGACCUACCACUAUUCCCUGGCUUGAUUUAUCAUAUCCCUUUUCUCCUUCAAAUGGUUCUCCUCUCACCUUUUCUCUGGGACUUAAGCUGCUGUAUCUCCUCAGAGCUCACAAAUGCCUUUUGAAUUCUUUCCCUGACCUCCUGUUCUUUUUUUCUUUUCUCAAAUGUUACCUUCUAAGAGAUGCCUGGCGUAAGCCAGCCAGCUACGUAAUUCCUCAGUAACCUCGAUCUAAAAUCUCUAUGAAAACAAUAAAUUCCCUUUAUGAGAUCUAUGUCAAAUUUUUCCAUCUUUCAUCUAGGGCUGACAAACUAUGGAUAAGAAUUGGGAGACUCUUAUGUUUCAAGCCAAUUUAAUCUCCUUUCCCAGAUCAUAUUUCAUGUACAGUAGCACAGAAGCAACCAAGGUACAGUAUAGCCUGAUAAGCCUGAUAAUGUGCUGAUUUCUUAGCUGAUGUUAAUGUUUCUUUCUUCCUUGUGUUCCCAUCCUUGGGACUGCCACCCACCCUCAAUUCAGGCAACAAUGAAGUUAGUGGAUACUGUACUCUGCCCUUGGCUCAGAAUUGUUAUAGCAAAAAUUUUAAAACCAAAACAUUAGUCUGUACUCAUUUCAAUGUGGCUUUUAAAAGUGUGACAGAGAAAUAAGUUAGGAUAAAGGAAAUUUGAA